UUCCACUUCUUUCCACUCUCCUCCCUCACCCUGGUAGCCUCGCUUCCCCCGGAGACGGUUCCUGCGACCGUGUAAAGGUCUCAAACAUCCAGAGAUGGCAACUUUCACAUCUCCAGUUCUAUGCAACAUCAGGACCAGCCCACUGAACACUGUGCGUCUGCUGCCUUCACUGAACAGCACGAAACAAUCACUGAACCUGAGCUUCUCGAGGAGCAUGCCCACGUUCCCCGGCUUCAGAGCAACCCGAGACUUCCGCGUCGCCGCCGUCUAUAAGGUGAAGCUCAUCGGGCCCGAGGGACAGGAGAGCGUGAUCGACGUGCCGGAGGACAGCUACAUCCUGGACGCGGCCGAGGAGGCCGGCGUCGACCUGCCUUACUCCUGCCGCGCCGGCGCGUGCUCCACGUGCGCCGGCAAGGUCCUGGAGGGCGCCGUCGACCAGUCGGACCAGUCGUUCCUCGACGACGCGCAGGCCGGCGCCGGGUACGCCCUCACCUGCGUCGCGUACCCGACGUCCGACUGCGUCAUCCAGACGCACAGGGAGGCAGACCUGUACUGAGGCAGUAGUCCCAUGCAUGCAUCAGCCACUUCCAUGGCUCCAUUGAGAUUCAACCUUGAGUUCUUGGCACUGUGAUUCGCACUUGUGCUUGUAGUAGCAGCUAGCUAGAACUAUACUCACUUAAUCGUCGUCAUCCACUUGAUUUGGCAUGA